AUGCUCCACGCAACCUGGCUCAAUAAUCGCACUGCAACCCGCACCCUCAGCGGACUCACACCGUACGAAGUACGCUUCGGCGAAGCGCCGGAUCUGCGUGACCUCCACUGCUUCGGUGCGAAGGUCUGGGUGCGUAAGGAGAAAUCUGCAAAGAUGGACAGCAAGGCACGCGAGGGCCGCUUUGUCAGAUACAACAACACCAGCAAGGGCUAUCGCAUCUAUUGGCCCGACAAGCGGUCGGUCACGGGGGUGAGCAAGGUGGAUGGCGAGCAGCCGUCGCCUUCUCCCGCACCCUCUGCUUCCGUUCCCUCUGUGCCGACCAAACCUGCCUCGCCCAUGUCUGCCCCGCACGAGGCCACUCCCCCUCCCGAGCCGACGUCUCCCGCACACAUGCCACAGACAACUGUCGAGGAUGUGCCGGACGAAGACGACAAGCUGGAGGAGAUUGCCCCACCCGAGCCUGCCUUAGGCCGCGGCCAGCGUGUGCGCAAGCCGUCUGCAUACGUGUGCCACCUUGCGCAAGGCAAAGGCACAGCCGACAGACGCCAGACCUACCCCUGCGGCAUUCAG